UUUCACAAUGUUAAAUUAAAGUUUUUCUUACUACAAGAUACAGCUAAAAAAAAAAAUUAAAAUGAAGUACCUAUUAGCAAUUGCAUUAGCUUUUCUAAUGAUGAUUACUUAUUUUGAAACUUGUUCAGCAACCAGUGAACCAGUAUGUGGAUAUGAAAAUUCUCAAGGAAAAAUGAUUUUCCUUAAAUAUUUUAGAGGAAUUAAUGAAGGUCAAUCUUAUAAAGAAGUGCUUCCCAAUGGAGAAUGCAUUCAAGUAACAUGUCAAUCUGAUUACACUCUUAAAAAAGAAAAGUGCUAAAAAAUGUGUGCAUUUGAAAAGAUCCCAAAAUUCCUAUGUAGAUAAAUAUUUCUAAUCCGGGAGCCUAAAAUUGGAAAAUGUUUCUAUUGGAUGUAUUUAUAUAAAUACGAUUUGAUUGAAUAAAACUUAAUAAAUUGUUAAAGAAGUUUA